AUGAAUUCCAAAAAACUUCCUCCUAUCCAUCCCGGAACUAUCUUAAAGAAUCAAUUCUUGGCACCCAAAAACCUUACUCAAGCUGAAUUAGCUAGAAGUAUUAGCGUCUCUACUAAAAGAAUUAAUGAAAUUUGUCAAGGUAAACGAGGCAUUACUCCCGAUACUGCUUGUCGGUUAGCUUUUUAUUUUAAUUUGGGCCAAGAAGGACUGGAGUUUUGGAUUAAUUUGCAACAACAUUACGAAAAGGAAUGCUGGCAAGAUUUUCUGAAAACUCAAACUAAAAAGAUAAGAGAGGAAGUUAAAUCGUUGAGAUUCUAUGGUUCUUUAGAGUAUUUGAAAAAUAUGAGUAAAUUAGAAAGUUUUCAAAUUGAUAAUACUGAUGUAGGUGAUUCUGGAUUAGAAUAUUUGCCACAACGUUUGGAACAUUUUAAUUGUUUGUCAUACAAAAACCCAGAACCUAGAGUAAAAAUUAUUGAACAAGAAUUAAGAAAGUAUGGUGAACCAAAAAGUCAAGAGAUUGAUUCUUUGAAAGCUCAAUUAACUGGUAAUCAAACCAUCAUUAAAAACUUACAAAGAGAUUCAGCAAUAACUUUUCGCACUCAACUAAACUCUUUUGAUUUAGCAGGAACGGCUGGACUUUGUCUUUUAGCAAGGCAUCUUUAUCGUAAAUAUAAAAACAGACCAGUUUUACAGGAUGAAGAAAGACGGCCUUUGCUUCAACAGCAAUCAGAAAGACACUUAAACACUGAACUAAACCAACCUAGAAAUACCUUUCAAGAACAAAAUCAAAUAGCCGAAAUUGCGAGAAUAAUCUCCCCGCAUGAAGAACCAAAGUUUACUGCUAUUAAGCAAGAAAUUACUCGUCUUAAAUACCAAGAAUUAGCACCCCAGUUUAGAGAAGAAAAAGCCAAAUUCGAACAAUUAAUUACUGCGGUCAAAACCAAAGCCGGUAAUUCAGAAAAAAUUGUUGAUUUAUUGCUAGAAACUAAUAAGCAGUUAAUUAAAAACAAUGACCAGUUAAUCCAGGGUCAGUUAAUUGCUUAUCAAAGCCUUCUCGAAGGCAAUUUAGCCAAAGAAGAAAUCCAAAACUUGCUUACUAAACAGGCAGAAAUUAGUCAAUUAGAGAAACAUUUAGAGAGUUUACAACAAAAUCAACCACAAAACCUCCAAGGAACUGCCCAAGAAGCCCAAAUCCUCCAACCGACUUAUGGUAUUCCUGUAGUUUUAGCAAUAGGCACAGUCGCCAUAGUCUUUUGGUCAAAAAACAACCCCAAAACUCCCACUCAAAAAACCGCCAAAGAAACCAAUUAUCCUAAAAUCCCUGAAACCACUUCACUUCCCACUGAAUCCAACCCUCCAAUCACCAACUCCACCAUUGAAAAAUACCUCCCUUCUCCUGAACAAGCCCAAAAAGAAAUUCAGCAAAUAAUUAACUCCCACAGAACUUAA